UUUCGAAUUCCUUCAAGUGGCUGGGGUUUGGUUGGUAUCUAUGAAUAUGCAGGGCGGCCGUGGUCUGUUCUCGCGGCCGAAGGAGCGAGCGUUGUUGUGCGCACAAUUUCAGCGGCCGCCGGUCGGGGCCGCACAUGCAACAGCAACAGGCAAGCCUUUCUGAUUCAAAAGAAAGAUAUGAAAAAAAUGCCGCCCACGAUCUGUCGUCGCUCGCACGCGCCCGACCGACCCUGGCGAGCCUAUCUCGUGCCUGCCUUUGUCCUGUGGGUCCAAUGUGUCGAAAUUUCCCGCUCCGGAACAUCAACCCUCGCCCGUGCAGAAGAGGGUGCCGCCGCUGCACCAGUACCCUCACGACAGGCGUCAAGCGCUGAGUCUCCUCCACCACCUGGAACUCCCACCACCAGCAACACCAACAGCAUCUCCCCCCAGGAGCAGUACAUCAACCAUUGUAUGGCGGUUCACGAUCAGGUGGAUGAGGAUUAUCGAGCGGUGUAUUGCGCAACGAGACAAGCGAUAGAUCAAAUCAACAAGCACAACCUGGAGGUGGAGAACCAAGAACACGCAGCGGCGCAGCUACAGACACAAGCUGCUGCUAGUUCUGAUGCAGCUGGAGCAGGAACUUCUUCUUCACCAGCGGUGACACAACAUCAAGUAGCCCCAAAUACGAAACCAAGACCCGCCAGUACAACUCCUAGACAGCACCUCGUGAUCCUGGAUUUCUUCCUCGGCUGGGGCGGGUACAUGCAGGCGAUCUGGCGCGCUUUGGCCGACGCCAACAUGGUAUGGAAUGGAAAUAUGUCUGGGUCUGGAAGAUUGCGAGAUUUGUCAUGCUUGUCUGGCAUGACCAAAAAGUUUGUGAUGCGUCUCCAAGAAGAGACCCUUUUGCCUGUCAUGCAAAAACGCUGUUUGUCAUGCGAAAAACGCAACACAAAGAAGUGCAGAUAUUUCUCAUGCUUGGUUGUGCAUUACAGAGCAUUCACUAUUCCCAACGCAGCAUUACAUAUAAAGUGUUGUACAACACAGAUGACAGAUGAAACAGAUGACACAGAUGAUACAGAUGACCAACUUUGCGAAUUUUGUUGAGGGGCUUUUUUUGGUCAUCUGUGUUCACAGAUGACGAGCAUUCGAACAGCGAAAACCGGAGCCCCAAAAUCAAAAACAAAAGAAACAAAAAAGAGAGCCGGCUCGCCAGCGCCGCCGAGAAAGUGCGCGCGCUUUCACGGGGGGAGCAGAUGGAGCAGCAACACCGCGGCCAUAGGCCCCACCCUAUGGGCCGAUGCGCCAGCAUUCCCAAUGGCAAAGGUACGAGCACGACUGUGCUGCGCAGGUACGCCGAUAGCUAGGCGGUGCCGUGCGCUGCACCUGCACGCCUCGAACAGAUUCUGGCGAGGAAUAGGGUAGACCGACGACGUUCCGCCUCAUUCCAAGUCUCUGGCUCCGCCCAAGAAAUGGCGAAUGAAGUGCGGGCCGUCAUCUGUCAUCUGUGCCUUUUUUUUUGCUUCCCGUCGAAAUUUCGUCAUCUGUGUCAUCUGUUCAUCUGUACCUUCGUCAUCUGUGCCAGCCCCCCCUUAUACAACAGCCUAUUACAAGUUUCCAGACCCAGACACUUUUGCAUUUGAUACAUGGACGGCUCGAACAAUCUGCAGAAAAACGUUCUCUACGCGGGUUUCGAAACGGAAAGGUGGAACGUGGAGACGCUGGUGCUGCAGAAAGUCGCGGAGCUGUGUCAGGCGAUGCAUAUGACACUGCACAACCCCCUCUCCUCCGGCUCAUUUGUCAUGCAAAAUACCAAAUCCACCCUUUCCAUCUUGGAACUUUUUGCAUGACAAGUUCUGGCAGCUCAAGCAGAACUACAAUAUCCUGGGUGAAUUUGUUAUGCAAAACCUGCACUCUUGCCGACGCUUGUAUUGCUACUCAUGCCAUUGCAAAUGAGGGGCAGUUCGAGUUGUGCACGUUCAUAAUGCAGAACCAGGCGAAAGAAGCGGAAAACCAGUACGGGUUUGCGUUCCACGAAAACCACGGCGUGAUCAAUGUGAUAUGCACUGCAAAAGUAUAAUAUCGCAAUCGUAGUCUUUGCUCUUAUGCAUGACAAAUUUCUUUCCUAGGCUAAAACAGCAUUACAGCUUUCAUUUGUAAUGCUGAGCUAAUUUGUAAUGCCAUUUAAACUACAUGUGCGAUGCUUUUGCAUUCCAAAUUUGAACACGGAGUGCAACGUCACUUUCGUCGACGGCUCGACCGGGGGGCUAUCCUGUGCAAAAGUAUCGUACUCGUAUAAAUGCAGGUCUUGCAUUACAAAUUUCUUUAUCAAGGCAAAUCAGCAUUACAAAUUUUAUUUCUCAUGCUGAAAAAACUUGUAAUGCAUUUGUACAAGUACGAUACUUUUGCAGUUCAUAGGGGCUGCCAAGGGUGGACUCCGUGCAGGAGUACUUCGGCCAGUUCAUGCUGGCGAAAGAACCGCCUCCUGGCACUAGCGAUAGUAGCGCAGCGGAUGUUUGUGGUGGAGAUGCUGGACGAUCGCAACUACACUCUGCCGAAGAUAAAGAUCCGGUCGCCGCUCUGAUGCCGCAGAACCUGCUACCGAGACAGCAAGCAGCUUUACGCACCGCCGACGGGAUGCGAACCGAUAGGAAAUCCUUCGCGGACGUGACUCACCAUCCAGCACGGAAUAUGCAUUGCAAAUGCGCCUGCGUCUGGAAACUUGUGAUGCUGGUUGGCGAAUUAUGAGGACGUAGUCAAAAGGGACGGCUCAGCAUGACAAGUUUCUAACUUGUUGGUAGGUGUUGUCUACUCUGCAUGACAAACACCGUUUCUGCAUGACACAAAGGCUGGGCUUUCCUUUUGCUUUUGGGCAACGUCGUGCAUCGCAGCCUUGGGAGUCAUGCUCGGCGAGGGAGCAUGGUAAAUCCUGCACUCUUCCAGACGCACAGACAUAUUUGGAAUGCAUACGGAAUCUGCUCCGCCAGGUGAUCCCCGAGGCGGUGAAACGGCACAUCCACGACGUGCGCGUGGUAGCGACUGACACAUUAGAGGGGCCUGCAGACGGAAUGGCGAUUUUGACACGAGAUCCCUCAGGAGAUGAAGCUGCGACGUGUAGUACAUCACCUUCUACGGCAACAUCAAUUUCGAAAAAUACUGACAAAGCACCACUACCCCCUCCACCUCCCCCGCCGCUUCAAAAGCUGAUCGAGGAGAGCAUCAACUACCAAAUCCAGACGGUUUUGCGACGAAGGAAAGACGAAACCAUAUGCCGUCCUCCAAUUUUACAUUCUCAACUGUUACUUACAUGAAUUUGUAAUGCAAAAACGGCGAAAGUGAAAGGGGGAAGGUUGCGCCUUUUGCAUUACAGAUUUGGCACAGAUUCAGAUGCUGUUUAGCCAUUCGGAUAUUUGUCAUGCGAAGCAGCUUAAUCGUGGCGAUCUUGGUGGUAAAUUUGCACGACAAAUCAUGUGACAGUUGAGAAUGUAACAGUUAAGAACGCCAUAAAGCACUACGGCCACCUACGAAGACGCGAGUUACCAGGUGACCAGCCCGCAGGUAUCAAAGAGAAAAAUCCCCCCUCCCCAUAUCGAACAGGUACAGUCCGGAAAUUUGUGUUGCUGAUUUGAGGUCACAAAUCGCAUUUGUCUUGCAAGAAGACAAGGGUAGAAGCUUCCGCCCCAUUAUGGAAGCGAUUUGUCAUGCUGUGAGACCUAAAAGGGAGCCGCUUGCCAUGCUGCACAACUAGAACCAUACGCCCCUACCUAGCCUGGGGAUCUGGCCGCAAUGCCUCUCUGCAAUACAAACCUGAUUUGUGUACUCAAAUACAGCAUCACAAAUUUCGUUUUCGAUAUGGGGAGGGGGGAUUUUUCCUUUUGAUACCAGGCCGGGCAGAUCGACGCGUUUUUGAUUUGGGGCGCCGCGUAUCCGAUGUUGCUGUCCGAAAAGUUAGGGCCGAAUAGCUACAACUCCGUGGGGCCGAGGUAUUCCGACGGGGAACGAGCCAUGAUCCAAGAUCUUUUGAAAUUGUCCUACCAAUUUGCGCACGUCGCGCAGGUAUGCAAGGGGCUGCGGAGUGUCGCCGGGAGUACAAAUGGAAACGCGACCUCUUCUUCCACUACGAAUGAGAAAUCAGCAUCACAGAGUGUCACUGCUGCCGUUCCUCCAAUAGACGUGAAGAUCCUGACGUUUUUCGACGCGCCAAGUGCGAUGGCGCCGGAGUGGAGCUUGUUAGAGAAAUUCUGCAGUCCGGAUUUUGUGUAUUUGAACAACAUAAACUUACCAAACCACCCCGGGUGGAUCCACGAGAGGCUAACCAUAUGCAAUGCAAAAGCAUCGUACUAGUAAGAAUUGCAAUGCGAAUUGGCUCAGCGUUACAAAUAGUAAUUUGUAAUGCGGAUUUCGAUUUCCCUUGAUCGCUAGAUUUGUAAUGCAUGACUGCGAUGAGUACGAGUACGAUACUUUUGCAGUGCAUAAACCAGGAUGAGAAGGAACCCAGACGGGACGGAGAGGAGUAGAUACAAAGAGAUCUACCGUGGGGAAUUAUGAAUGGCAAAAAUGUCUGGGUCGGGAAGAUUGCAGCUUGUCAUUGUAAAUCUGAAGCAUGCAAAAAUCUGUGUUGCAUGAGUGCCAAAAGCUGUAAACUUUUGCCCAAGUUGGAAGGGAGUUUCUCAUGCAGGAUAGGCAUGACAGAGACCUCGCAGAGUCUGUCAUGCUACGUCCCGCAUUCCAGACCUCAUGGGUCAUGAAAAAUCUGCAUGACAAGUCUACACUUUUCCAGACCCAGACACUUUUGCACUUGAUAGGAAUACCCGGAUAGCGAUGCGUUCGAGUCCGGGGAUAUGGUCAGGGGGGAGUUGUACGGGAAAAGAUUGUAUGCGGUGCUAAUGAAAGAGUAACAACGAAUUAGUUGUAGUAAAUUUUGAAGAUCAACAACAGCUUCAGCGCAAUCGUGCCAGUCCCACUCCCAUUUCGCCUUACAAAUUCAAAUACGUGCUCAGCUCAAUGCUCAAUCCUCGCACUUCGAGGAGACGACGGGAAAGACUAAGACUCGACCUACUGUUACAAAACCAAAAUGUAUUUCGCGAAAUAUUGCAAAGUUGUGAACGUAUCCGGGGUUCUUCACUACCAAGCUCGCUUGUGCGGCAUGGAGGUGAGAGCUUGUGCUGUGAAUUUGUGUAAGAUCUUAGCACCAAACGCAAUGUCUGUGUCGACAGUUAAUGUUAAAGUUGUAACACCGGACAUCAUAAGUUGAAAAGCAGACUCAUUUCAGAGUCUUGUCAUCCUCCCUCAAUGGUAUUGUCUUUCUG